GGUGAACGGGGAGGGACCUUAAAGCUCGGGGCCGGGGAGGCUGGGGCCGCCCGCUCCGCAGGCGCCAGCGGACCUUGGAGCAGCGUUCCGUGUGUCCUGCCCAGCCGUGCCAGGUGAAGGUUCGGAGCGGUUUCCUUGUGUCCUGCCCAGCCGUGCCAGGUAAAAGGACACAGAAGAGAAGAUGGACUGGGGAACUCUGCAGGGUGUAUUGGGAGGUGUAAAUAAGCACUCCACCAGUAUUGGGAAGAUAUGGCUCACAGUCCUCUUCAUCUUCCGUAUCAUGAUCCUGGUUGUGGCUGCAGAGAGAGUCUGGGGAGACGAACAACAAGAUUUUGUCUGCAACACGCUUCAGCCUGGCUGCAGAAAUGUUUGCUAUGAUCACUUUUUCCCCAUCUCUCACAUCAGACUCUGGGCCCUGCAGCUGAUCUUUGUCUCCACACCUGCGCUGCUGGUGGCCAUGCACGUGGCUUACACCAGGCAUGAGAAGAAAAGGCGGUUCAGAAACGGUGAGAAAAUUGAUCUUGAAGAGCUAAAAAAUCAAAGGAUUCACAUUCGGGGCCCCUUGUGGUGGACAUACACCAGCAGCAUCUUCUUCAGGGUCGUCUUUGAAGCAGUCUUCAUGUACGUGUUCUACUACAUGUACGACGGCUACCAGAUGCCCCGCCUGGUGAAGUGCGAUGCUUGGCCCUGCCCCAACACUGUGGAUUGUUUUGUGUCUCGGCCCACUGAGAAAACCACAUUUACUAUUUUCAUGCUUGCUGUAUCUGGGAUCUGCAUGAUGUUGAAUCUGGCUGAGUUGUGCUACCUAGUGAUAAAAGUUUGCACGAAAGAAUCUGGGAAAGCAGCAGUUUUGAAAUAAGUCCCUGGUUUCAGGAUUUACUGGCUCCCCAUUUCCCUUCAACUUUCUUAGGUGUAAGAAAACAAUAAACAAUAUUUUCAUACUCCAGGAAAAGGAUAAAAAAAUGAAUGUUCUUUUGUGUUUUAAAACUGAUAGCCUCCUUGGGAAGCUGAUGCUGAGGCAGGUUUUAAAGAUCAUAAGCUAAUUCAGUAUUCCUGCAUCCACAAUUAGAGAGAGUGGCCUUCUGGCACCAGCUUCUCCAAGUAUGCCUGCUGCUGGGAUCCUAUUGUUGGGACAGUUAACUCUUCAAACAUGGGGAGUGGAAAGGACCAGAGAAGGCUCUAGUGGAAGGCCCAGAGGAGAUCCAGGAAUUACAACACAUUGUGUUGGCUCAGAGGCAAAACAGUAUCAAAGGUCUUUGAAAAGUGGGGUAAAGGAUUUCUUGGUGCACAUCACAGCUUUUGAGAAGUAAGAAGACAGGGAGGUGAUUGUAUUUACACUAGGUGUCCUCUCUAAGUAAUCUGGAGAGCAAGAAAAUGAUGUAGGAGCACAGAUACUCUGGCAAUGCAUGCUAUCAGCUUUGCUGGGCAUCAGCAUGGUUUUUUCUUCUCAUCUUCUUGCCUGCACUGACAAGCAUUUCCUUCAGGGUUGGGGGUGGCCACUAUCAACUGCCUGUGAAUGCCAUUAGGUCAAUGCUGCCUCCCCAUAGUCACAAAGACUACAGCAGUGGGAGGAAUGAAGUUCAUUUUCCAUUCUCUUGAUCUGAUGAAAAAAAGGGUUGUCACCUCUGGGAGCAGGGAGGCACUGCAACAACUUCUCUUGUUCUCUCACAAUAUGGUGUGAAGAAUCUUGGUACAGUAGACUUCAUCUUAUAAAGAGAUGUUUUACCACCUGACUGUGCCUCACUCAGCUGUAUACUCUUAAAGCUUUUUUUUUUCCCAAUAACAACCAAGGAAAAAAAGCCUUUUUUUUUUUUUUUUUUUUUCUAUCUAGCCUGCACAGCUCUUAUUCAUAAAACCUUCUCCCUAUCUGAGGUGCCCUUCAAAUGAGUUGAGCAAACCACUCCCAGUCUCUCUGACAUUCCAUAUAGUGAGAUUAAAUCACCAUUCCUUUUCUUAAAGUUGGCUUAGCAGGAAUUACAGACAGCUUGGAGAGCUAAAAUAGCAAAGGGACCCAAUCAGAAAUGAGGAGGAACUUGAUAUUUUGCUUAAAGUUUACCCUGCUGUGCUGUAAAUUGUAUAUUACUAAUUUGAAGUACUAUAUGAGUCGGUCUGGUCUUGUCUCAAGGUGUUUUAUGCCUGUAAUGGGCAGCAUAUGGCACUUAGGGCAAUACAGUUGAUCUCCCAAGUGCCCAUUGAACCCACUUCUAGAAAGCUGUCUGUUUCUCCUCCUUAGCUUUAAUAACUGGUUUUUCUCCAAAAUGAAUGAGCUCCAGCUCAGCUUCUCUAUUUGUAUUCAUCUUUUACUGUACAUUUAAAUUUGUCACUGUUGGAGUAAACAAGGCUGCAUGAAUUAAGACCCAUGACUCUUCACUGUGCACUGAAAGUAGAGCAUAAAUAGGAUUACCUUGCUUGUGAGCUACAUCCAGUGUUGCAACUUGACUGCAGAGGGAAAUCUGUCACCUAAGAGGAAUGCAAGAAAACCAUAAAAGCAACAUCCUCAAAACCAUGAAAAAAAAGUUAAGAAGGUCAUUCAUAAUGAGCUGGACUGGAAACUUGGACUGUGAAAACAUCCUUAAUUCAAAUCCAAAGAACACAGUUUGUCAUAUACCAGGUUUGUGCCUGAUAGAGUUCCUGCAUUAUUCCAUGUACAUGUACAAAGAGAGCAAACUAGUCCCAGUGCUCUACUAUUACAUUUCUUUUCUAACAAGUUAUUUUUCCUGAAAUUAUAAUUAAAGCACUUUUGUUGUGUCUGUUCUCUGUAUUUUCUGUAUUACUUAUACAUGCUGUGUGUUACCUAACAUGUCUAUUAAAAAUAUUUUUGCCAUAGUGGAAAA